GUGAUUGUGAAACAACAGAGAAGAAGAAGAUGAAGAAAAAAGGACAGUAAGUUAGAUGGAAUGGGAGUUAGGUGGGGGUGAGGGUGGGGAAAGAUUUUUUUUUAAUCAAUUUAAUUUUUUAUAUAUUAUUAAAGGAAGGAAAAUAUUCUUUAUUUUUUAAAGUUAAAAUAAUGGGCCCAUAUGCCACGUGUGGUAGUUUUAUUCGUAAUUUUUGUCAAGAUAACGAGUGUGCAUUACACGCACAAUAUUUUAAUUUGCUUUUUGAAAUUUGUUUACAUGAUGUUGUGGACUAAAUUUUCUAAAGAGAUCUAAAAUAUCUAGAUUUAUAAUUUCAGGUCACAAAAAACAAUAAAAAAAGACAUAGCAGAUUUGAUGUGCCUCUUGUCAUUAAUAAUUCAAUAUCAGCCAUAUGAUGACUCAAAUUAGGACAAAAGAGGCCCAUUACAACCACACAUUUUUCGAGGUCGAUUAAGAUGUCAAUAAUUUAAACUCUAAAUAAUAGAUAUACAUUAUGAUAUCUAUUGGGGAAUAUUUUUAUAUCUAUUUGAUCAUGAACUCAAUUGUUAUUAUAAUAUUAAGGGCUCCAUAUAUGUGUUGUGUGUAUUUCUUAGCCAAACAUUAUAUCAAUUAACAUGGCCACCGUGAUUGAGCAAUGUCAAGUUGCGCCACCUCCCGGCGGCGCAACGGAGGUGAUACUCCCUCUUACUUAUUUUGACCAUGUUUGGUUAGGGUUUCGCCGUAUGAGGCGGAUAUUAUUUUACAAGCUCUCCAUUUCCAAACCCGAUUUCGUUCAAAACAUUAUUCCUCCUCUUAAAAAUUCACUCUCCCUCACUCUCAAACACUACACACCCUUAGUUGGCAACAUUGCAUGUCCACUAAAUUCUAGUGGUUAUCCAGAGCUGUGUUAUGUGACUGGAGAUUCUGUAUCAGAUACUUUUACUGAAACUGACAUGGACUUCAAUCAUCUCAUUGGUAACCAUCCUCGAAAUGCUAAUGAUUUUUAUCCCUUCAUUCCUCAAUUAGCACAACCUAAGGAUGCACCGGGGUUUAAACUAGUCCCGGUCUUAGCCAUUCAAGUGACACUUUUUCCAAAUCUUGGCAUAUCCAUUGGUUUUAGUAACCAUCAUGUUGCUUGUGAUGGAAAUAUUAUCGUAAAAUUCAUAAGAACAUGGGGUUUACUCAACAAAUUACGCGGUGAUGAACAAUGUUUAGCUAAUGAGUUGAUUCCAUUUUAUGAUAGGUCCGUAAUAAAAGACCCUUAUAAACAAGGGACGAUUAUAUGGGAUGAAAUGAAGCAAAACAUGCCGGAGAUAGGUGACAUAAUUGUGAUUCCUCCUCUUGAUAGAGUUCGAGGUACAUUUAUUAUGGAACGAAAUAACAUUGUUAAGCUCAAGAAUUUAAUAUUGUCAAGAAGACCUAACCUAAGUUAUGUGACAUCUUUUACAAUAACUUGUGCUUAUAUAUGGACUUGUUUGAUAAAAUCAAAGUUCGCGAUUGAGGAUGAGAUGAUAGAUGAGGAUGUUAUGGAGAUUUUUGGAUGUGUAGCUGAUUGUAGAUCGCGUCUCAAUCCACCACUUCCUCAAUCUUAUUUUGGGAAUUGCCUAGUGACGAUUGCUUCAAAAGCAAGUCGUGUCGAAUUAGUUGGAAAGGAAGGGUUUAUAACUGCUGUGGAAGUCAUUGGAGAAGCUAUCAAGAGUCAAAUGAAGGAUGUGGAAUUGAUCUUGAAUUGUAGUUGGUAUAGAGAAUUUUGUGGUAUUAACAUGAAACACACACUUUCAGUUUCUGGAUCACCAAAGUUUAAUUUGUAUGAGGUUGAUUUUGGUUGGGGUAGGCCAGAAAAAAUAGAGAUAAUUUCUAUUGAUAAUAGUAGUGGUAUAUCUAUGUCCAUUAGCAAGUACAAAGAUUCUCAUGGAGAUUUAGAGGUUGGCUUGUCUUUGCCCAAAACUCGAAUGAAUGCUUUUGUUGCUAUAUUCAACCAUGGGCUAAGCUUUUUGUAAAAAUGUACCAAGGUCUAUCGGAAAAUCUAUUAUUAUAGAAUCGUGGAUUGUAAUUCAAGAAUUUCAAUUCUCAAUCUCUAUUUAUUACUCUUUUGUGAUGCA